AUGGAGUGCAAAGUGACCAAGGAGGUGAAAGCCAAGGUCCGAAUUUCUAAAUCUCUCUCAGAGGGUGAAAAAGCAUUCAUUGCAUCAAGAAAAGAAGUGGUGAAGAGGGGCCUUGAGAAACUUGGGAUUCCCUGUGAUCUGGACAAAGUGCCCAACAUUGUUUUUCUGGGAUCAGGUGGAGGUCUGAGGGCCGCAAUUGCUCUUUAUGGCACAUUAACAGAGCUAAAAAAAUGUAAUCUCCUGGACUGUGCUAUGUAUUUGUGUGCGGUGUCAGGUUCUACUUGGAGUCUUUCAAGCCUCUGCAAAGAUAAAGACUGGUCAGAAAAAAUAGAAAUUUUGGAAAAACAUCAUUGCAGAAACCUUGCCCAAGGCUCGUGGAAAUUUGAGAAGGCAUCUCAAGCUUUGCUGGAGAGUAUAGAAAAUGAAUGUUAUUCCUUGACUGAAAUCUGGUCCUAUUUUCUUAUGCAUAAAAUGCUGAAUCAGUUGGAUGAGUCUGAAUUGUCUGCCCAAGCAGCAUCUUGUGAGAAUGGAAAAAAUCCAUAUCCUAUAUUUUCAGCUGUAGACAAGGAGACGUAUCUAACAUACAAUGAAGCUACUUGGUUUGAAUUUACCCCAUAUGAAGUUGGAUUUCCUGGUCUAGGAGCAUAUGUAGACACAAAAUACUUUGGGAGCUUCUUUGAAAAUGGGGAACUGAUCAAAGAGAAGAAGGAGAGAGAUCUCUGCUAUCUCCAAGGUUUAUGGGGAAGCGCUUGUGCAAGUGACGAAGCACUUUUAAGUUUGAUAACAGGUUCCUUGGGGGAUUUUCUGGAGCAAAACCGGCCUGAAGAUACUUCUUCAGCAGACAUUGACAAAGAUGAUCAGAAACUCAAUAAACUCUUCAAGGCUUAUCAGUCUGUUCUGGAACUUAAGAUGUCUAAGGGCACUGAAGCAGAUAAACAGUUUGACCAGCUGGAGACUAUCCUGGACGGUUUCAGCAAAAGUUGCAAGUUGCUCAAAAGCAUUCGCCAGACCUGGACUUCUGCAGAUUCGGAAAGAAAAAAAGAAUGUAUUAAUCUGAGUCAAGCUAUGGAUGAAGAUUAUGGGGGAUUUGCAAAUCAUUCCUAUAAUGUUUUAUAUAAUGUAAUGAGAAAGACAUUUUUGUGCCUUUUGAGUUGGACAUGGGGAACCACAUACAACUUCUUGUACCACUGCUCUGAUGUUGAAUUUCCAGAGCUGACAAGUAAGCAGGUCCUUGAGCUGAUCGAUGCUGGUUCUACCAUAAACACUGCUUACCCAUCCGCUCUGAGGCCUGAGCGAGAAGUAAAGCUGAUAAUCUCCUUUGAUUACAGUGCUCAAGAUCCUUUUCUGACCAUUAAAAAAGCUUCUGAGUAUUGUAAAGCACUUGGAAUCCCAUUUCCUGAGAUAAAUGAGAGAGAAAUGGAAGACACAGAUAAUCCAUCUGAUUGCUACAUCUUCAGAGGAGAACAGGGUCCGACUGUCAUGCAUUGCCCACUGUUCAACAAAGUGAAUUGUCCAGGCAAAAUUGCUGAAUAUAGAGAGGAAUUUUCAACGUUCAAUAUGAGCUACUCAAAUGAGGAGAUUGAAAAGUUGCUCACUGCAGCAAAGAAGAAUGUAGUAAAUGUUCGAGAAAAGAUUCUGGAGGAGAUCAAGUGUAUCAUAGGUCCAUCUUUACAGAAGGCUUAAGCAAACAUUUCUGCUCUGAUGGAAAAUUUACAUCAAAGUUAUUUUCUCUA